AUGUCUGCUAAGGUCCCAUCUAACGCCACGUUCAAGAACAAGGAAAAACCCCAAGAGGUUCGCAAAGCCAACAUCAUCGCUGCACGUUCUGUAGCAGAUGCCAUCCGUACUUCAUUGGGUCCCAAGGGUAUGGACAAGAUGAUUAAGACAUCUCGUGGGGAAAUUAUCAUCUCCAAUGAUGGCCAUACCAUUUUAAAACAGAUGGCCAUCCUGCAUCCGGUGGCUAGAAUGCUAGUGGAGGUUUCUGCCGCGCAGGACUCCGAAGCCGGUGAUGGUACUACUUCCGUGGUCAUCUUGACCGGUGCUCUGUUGGGUGCUGCAGAGAGACUGCUGAACAAGGGUAUUCAUCCAACCAUCAUUGCAGACUCCUUUCAAAGUGCUGCAAAGAGAUCUGUCGAUAUUCUUUUGGAAAUGUGCCAUAGGAUCUCGUUGAGCGAUAGAGAGCAGCUAGUCCGUGCUGCAUCCACCUCCUUGAGUUCCAAGAUUGUGUCUCAAUACUCUUCAUUUUUGGCGCCUUUGGCAGUGGAUUCUGUGUUGAAGAUUUCCGAUGAAAACUCUAAGAAUGUUGACCUGAAUGAUAUCAGACUGGUCAAGAAAGUUGGUGGUACCAUCGAUGACACGGAAAUGAUAGAUGGUGUAGUCUUAACGCAAACGACAAUUAAGUCUGCCGGUGGUCCAACAAGAAAGGAAAAGGCAAAGAUCGGGUUGAUUCAAUUCCAAAUAUCUCCUCCUAAGCCAGACACGGAGAACAAUAUCAUCGUUAAUGACUAUAGACAAAUGGAUAAGAUCCUUAAAGAAGAAAGAGCGUAUUUGCUAAAUAUCUGUAAAAAAAUUAAAAAAGCCAAGUGUAACGUGCUGUUGAUUCAGAAAUCCAUCCUAAGAGAUGCAGUAAAUGAUCUGGCUCUACAUUUCUUAUCAAAAUUGAACAUAAUGGUGGUGAAGGACAUCGAGAGAGAGGAGAUCGAGUUUCUGUCCAAGGGCUUGGGUUGUAAGCCAAUUGCCGAUAUAGAAUUGUUCACCGAAGAUAGAUUGGGUUCGGCUGACUUAGUUGAGGAGAUUGAUAGCGAUGGUUCCAAGAUAGUUAGAGUAACUGGCAUAAGAAACAACAAUGCAAGGCCAACCGUUUCUGUUGUCAUCCGCGGUGCAAACAACAUGAUCAUUGAUGAAACGGAACGCUCCCUUCAUGAUGCACUAUGUGUAAUCCGUUGUUUAGUAAAAGAGAGAGGUUUAAUCGCCGGUGGUGGUGCUCCAGAAAUUGAAAUCUCCCGCAGGUUGAGUAAAGAAGCAAGAUCUAUGGAAGGUGUACAGGCUUUUAUUUGGCAAGAAUUUGCUUCUGCCUUGGAAGUUAUUCCAACAACUUUGGCUGAAAAUGCAGGUUUGAAUAGUAUCAAAGUUGUUACAGAAUUGCGCUCUAAACAUGAAAAUGGUGAAUUGAAUGAUGGUAUCUCUGUUAGACGAUCCGGUACUACGAACACCUAUGAAGAACAUAUCUUACAACCCGUACUUGUUAGUACAAGCGCAAUUACUUUGGCUUCCGAAUGUGUCAAAUCCAUUUUACGUAUUGACGAUAUCGCAUUCAGCCGUUAA